AUGGCCAAUGGAAUGAAGAAACAAUUUUCAACUGUAUCAACACGUCAGAUAUCUCAUAUACGUCUUCAUGAUGAUGGAAAUAUAGAAACACGAUAUGAACUUUUAAAUAAAUUAGGUGAAGGUUCAUUUGGAACUGUAUCUCGUGUUAAAAAUAAAGAAAAUGAUUUAUUUUAUGCUAUGAAAACAAUUACAAAAAAACCUGGCAAUAAAUCUAAAGCAUCAAUUCUUGACAAUGAAGUCAAAUUACUAACAGAAGUUAAUCAUACCAAUCUUAUUCAACUUCAUGAAAAUUCUUAA